CGCCUUCGGAACUCGACCAGGCUCGACCGCAGCAACGAUGAACGAAUAUACAUUCUUUCAGCAUUCCUCACCAUCUGAAAGCACUAUCUCUACUUCUUCUGUGUGUUUUGAACAAAAUUUUCUACUACCAACUCUAAUUAGCUAUCCAGACAAAUUCCAUGGUUGAGAUCAAGCGAACCGAUCCUCCGCAACCUUCCGCAAAUGAAGAUUCCAAAUACCGUCUGUUGUACACAAAGUCCAAAGUUUAUGUUAAUCCCACUGCAUAUGCUAGAGAUAACAUUCCUGGGUUCAUCUCUCUUGUGAAACGGGAUGCUCCAAAUCCAUCGUAUUAUCUGGCCUGGAUCCCAGAGACUCUUUUAAACGAAAGAGGCGCUACUGAGUGGGAUAAGUUUGUCAAGGUAGAAGAGAAAGCUGAUCUAGACGACGAAGAUAACGACGUAGUUUUGAUUGACUUGCCGACACAAAGACCAGAAUCGUAUGCAUUCUCUGUUUCUCUUACCCAAAUCUACUCUCUGCUUGUAUAUCCCCCUUCAUUCUCAUCCUGGCACGGAUCGAUACACAUCAAUCUUUAUAGCGGAACGACGCUACCAACCCUCUAUUUCCACGAUAACGAAUCGCACUCUUUCACGAUGCCUCUACCGAAAUCUCCACAAAGUCAUACGGGAUCAAGUAUCACCGCUUAUCCUCCACCACCGUCUCUGUCAUCGCCUAUAAAUUCCUCCAGCUCUUGGGGUGGCGAAGAUUUUAUCGCGCGCUUGAAAUGUUAUGCUCACGUAUUGCGGUCAAAUCUACAGCCUUCCUUAUUUCUUGUUGACCCGUCACGUUCAGACAUCGAAACUCACUCGACACAAAUAUUUGAUGAUGAUGCUGUCGAUGAUAUAUUAGCCCAGUCAUCGUACGCGAAUUCUCAUUCACCUGUCCCAGCACAUCGCAAACCUCGACCCUUGAGUUCUCCUCCUCCGACAUCCUCCUUAUCUCCAAACCCUUAUUCACAUCGAUCUUCUGUUCUCCAUCGUUCUCUCGGGUCAAUGUCCUCUAAUGCACAAUCAUCAUCCCAAGCUCGGAUGGCUCUGCUCCAGUCCUUCUCAAAUAUCACGCGAGCGACACGUCAUGCAGCCCAAAACAUUCUCUCCCAUCCACUUGCCAAGCCUAUUGUUCCCCAUUUACCAGAUCCUGUCAAGAGUCUUGUCAAUGUCAACGGAGAUUUGAAGUGGGGGAGCUGGGUUGAAAAGGGUGGUGUGGGAGAGUUUGAGAGUGCUAGGGUGUAUCUGGCGCGGUGGGCAAGGAUCGUGGCGGAAGAAGGUGAACGAGCUAGGAGGCGCGAAUCUCAAGCUGUUGGGACCUCCGUGUCUUCGAGUGUGACGGAAGAGACAUCUUCUUUGGGAGUAUUCGAGUUGCUACAUUCUGCAUCCAAUCUUCCCACUCCGACUACGUCAAGAGACCCAGCUCAUCCAAUCGACCAGAAGUGCUGGUUCGAUUGGUUCGGAGUAGAUGGUCGACCAAAAGUGAGAUUGGAAGAGAUGAAACGAGAGGUGUUCAGAAGGGGCGUUUCCGACCAAGGCAGGCUGAGGCAAAUAGUAUGGCCAUUCAUUUUGGGCGUGCUGGAAUGGGAUGUUACAGGAGAGGAGAGAGACGCCAAAUGGGAAGCGAAGAGAAAACAAUAUCAUGCCCUCAAAGACCAAUGGUGUGGCGUUCCCGAGGUGUUUGAAAGACCGGAUAUCAUUGAUGAACGACAUCGCAUCGACGUAGACUGUCGUAGGACAGAUCGGACGCAACCACUGUUUUCUACACCUUCCGAAACUCUUCCCAGCAAAUCAUCAGAAAUAGACGAUGAAAAAGCGCGUCUUCAGCGAUUUUCCAUCAUAUCCCCGGACCUAGUUGACAUAGGUUCACAAUCACCGAGCAAUGAGCAUAUCGACCGUCUUGCCGGAAUCUUACUCACAUACAAUCUAUACGAACGGGAGCUAGGAUAUGUGCAAGGCAUGUCAGAUCUUUGCGCACCCAUUUACGUUGUGAUGCAAGCGGAGGAGGAAAUGACCUUUUGGUGCUUCGUGGAGGUCAUGAACCGUAUGAAACAAAAUUUCCUUCGAGACCAAAGUGGCAUGAAAAAGCAGCUUUCGACGCUCCAGCAAUUAAUAGAGGUCAUGGAUCCUGAACUUUAUCGACACCUUGAAAAAGCCGAUGCCCUCAACCUAUUCUUUUGUUUUCGCUGGGUGUUAAUCGCAUUCAAGCGAGAAUUUCCUUUCGACGAAGUACUGAGAUUAUGGGAGGUCUUAUGGUCGGAUUAUUACAGCAAUUACUUUGUCCUAUUCGUUGCGUUAGCGAUCCUAGAGUCACAUAGAGAUAUCAUUAUCAGAUACCUCGUCGAGUUCGACGAAAUCUUGAAGUACUGCAACGAACUCAGCAUGGCAAUCGAACUCGACUCAACCUUGGCCCAGGCGGAAGUGCUGUUCCUUUCGUUCGCUCAACUCGUGGCAGAUAUCGAUCGACGACAGGCUGAAGAAUCAUCAUCAUCCUUGCGAGGACUUCGUCAUCGCGGAACCGACGUCGCGGGCGAGCCUUUCUCUUCAUCGACAAAGAUAGUGUUGUCUGAAUAUUUGAGGGAUCUGUUGAAAGCAGGAAGGACUUGAUUUUGUAUAGACGCUAAUCGUACGCCCGCUUGCAUCUUCAGUAGAAUAUGUAGUACUAGUAGUAGUAGCUGUAAUAUUGGUGCCGAUUCAGUAAGGUUCCCGACAGAAACGUCUAUAACCUUGUAACUAUUUUGCAG